AUCCCCCUCACCGUCGCCCACAAUGUCCACGCAGACGACGGAAUCGCCGAGCACCCCUGAGCUCACCGUCCUCACCCGCGUCGCCUCCAUCCCUAUCGUCGCGUCUUCGCUCAGCACCAUCCACGAGACCCUCUCGACCAACGUACUUACGCGACACCCCUACACGACCGCACAAGGCAUCUCCAAGUCCGCAUUCAGCUACGCAGAGCCUCUUCAAAAACGUCUCGCACCCCUCCUUGUUCGCGCGGAUGGCUAUGCCAACGCGGGGCUAGACGCCGUCGAGUCGCGCUACCCGUACCCCUUCAAGACUUCGCCUGAGGAUAUUGUCAAAGAUCUGAAAGGUCACAGCGACCACGCGAAGGAGGUCGCGAACAAGACCAUUGAUGAAAAAGUGAAGAGCCCCGCGUAUUCCGUCGCACAGGGUAUCGACCAGCGCUUUGCACCUAUAGUAGACUACGUCGAAGUCGCGGUCAACAAGCUGCACGCGAACGACACCACAGAGCCCGCGCAGCCAAUGCCGGAUGCACAGUUCCAGUACCAGCGCGCAUACAACCUCUCCAUGGACCUCUCGGAGCAGCUCCGAACGUAUUCCACGGAGCAGAUCACGCAGCUGAAGGAGCACAAUGCGCUCGUAAAGCGUGCGUCCGCGACGGCGCAUGACCUCAGCCAGCUCGCCUCGACCAGCUACGGGACCGCGCAGCUCAAGGUCCAGACGCUGAGCGACACGAUGCUCUCGGAGCUCCAGAGGAUCCAGGCGACAACCGCGACGCUCCCGAUCGCCGUGCAGGCAUCUUUUCACGACGUCUCCGCGCAGAUUUCGUCGACAAUCACGGACCUCUCUGCCAUCCUGACGGCGCCGGAGCCGCUCUCUGAGAAAAUAAACAAGCUGCGGGACACCGUCCAGGACCGUGUGCACCCGGUGCUCGAGACGGCGACGGCGCGCGUGCAGGCGCUGCUCGGGUUCCUGAGGGUGCGUGCGGCCGAGAAGGCGGAAACUCUGGAGACGACAGCGAACGGCGCCGCAGCUGUGAACGGUAACGCAUUUGUCAACGGCAAUGGCAACGGCACGGCCAACGGCAACGGUACGGCCAACGGCAACGGCCAUACGUGAGCAAUGAGCAUCGUACCCCCCUCUCAGUUGUGGAUAUAUCUAUUGCCUCACUUCCCCCCUCGACAUCCUUUCUUGUUUUGUUCCUGUCGUCUACUCACCGUCUAUACGUCUCUCAUCUCUCACGAUAGGUAGGAUCCGGUCUCGAUUGUUGUUUUAGAUCCGCCCAUAGACCUUGUACUCAUACGUUCUAGCCCCCGCGACACCAAAACUUGUGUAUAGUACUGGGACCUACCCAUAUCCAAUGGAAGUUUUUGACACACGGA